AUGUUCCCAUGCUUGCCGGGUGUGUUAGGGGACCGUCUGUUCUCAGCAUUUGAUCUGGACAACUCGGGCACGAUCGAUUUCCAUGAAUUCCUGGAAGGCAUCCAGGCCAUGGGCGCCGGUACAGAGCGUAAACUAGCCUUCCUGCACCGGAUGUAUGACCUGAACGGAGAUGGCGUGGUAAGUCUGGAUGAAUUACGUAUGAUGUUAUCACACACACAUCCGUCAGAUCCUGACUUAGAACGCAGGCUCGAAUCCGCCGUCUGUCGCGCCUUCGAUCUUUCGUGGGACCCCGAAUCCGGGCCUGAGCAUGAGCCCGAGCAUGAGCCCGAGCAUGAGGCCGAAGCCGAACCAUCAGCGGACCGUCUUAGGGGGGUUCCUAAGACGGAUCGUUGUGGGAAGACAGCCUCUGGGAACACGGCCUCUGGGAAGGUGACGUCGGGAGAGGCGGGAACCAGCUCCACGCCGGGCAGUAAAGCUAAGCCGAGAACGGGUCGACUCGCGACCCAGGGGGGCCUGCAGUCCGACCCCACGGCUCCCAGCAGCAGACAUACCUCUCGCUGUUUGGACUUCCCAAUGUUCGUCAAAACUGUCGAACGGGAGCACGAUCUCAAACAGGCCCUCGACCUUUUCUGGUCCGAGACCAUCAGCCACUCAUUACCCGUGGUUCCCCCAAGUACACACCUCCGACCACCCGCUGGGCUGCAACUAAGUGGUCAGCAAGCAGCGGGUGCAGCUGAAUCGUCGCCUGCUGCGAUACCGACCGGAAGCGAGAAGAGCGUAUGUGAUGUCGGUGCCCGAGUCGAGAUGAACAGUGACUCGUUUGGGACGAAUAACCGUCCGCCUGAGCUUGGUCACCGAUUGCCUGAGGCUGGUCAUCGACCGCCUCAACUUGGUAACCGGCCGCCUGGUGGGAAUGCACGGAGGUCUCACGGCUUUCCUAUCCAUUCGAUUGUGAUACAAGACGCCGACAAAACACAGGGCCUUGGGUCCAAACCGCAGGUCGCCAGCGCGGCCCACUGGCGGACCCAUGAUGUGGGACACGUUGAUGACUCUGCUCUGGGCAGCCUGUCUGUAGGAGGCAUGUCUUUUCCUUCUGGAGUGAGUCGGGGACGAGGCCAGUCCCGUCUGACGGUAAGGAUAGUUGAGGAGCAGCUCCUGGCUCGACCAUGUUUCUCGGGAACGGUGACGUUUUGUGGCUGGGUGGAGCGGAGCUACAGUCGUUAUUUUGCGGUCUUGAAGGACCGGUAUUUGUUGUUGUACCGUACCCCCGAAGAUUUUGUGCCGACAAAGGCCAUUUGUCUAUUAGGGUCCACGGUCAAGGCCUACAGCAGACUGGGUUACUGCAAGACCUCAUCGAGAUGCUGCACGCGAAAUGCUCAGAACGCUGACACGGAGUCCCAAGAAGGUGAGAGCUACGCCGGUGUUCCGUGCCCGGGACGCAACUGUACAGAACGCAAUUGUGCAGACGCCAGGUGGCCCACUACCAUGAAGGAUGACACCCGCGAGGGCGGAAUCGAUCGGUCUGCCGCCGCUGACCACUGCCAGGGCGACCACAUAGUUGCAAGGCAUGAUUCGAAAUGUCAUGGCAAGUGUGGCGCAGGUAAAUGUGGGGCAGGUAAAUGUGGCGCAGGUAAAUGUGGGGCAGGCAAGUGUGGAGCAGGCAAGUGUGGAGCAUAUAAAUCUGACGCAGGCAAGUGCGGCGCGGCCCAGUUAAUUUUGGUUGUCGAUCACGAGUUUUUAGGAAUGCCUUCGCGACUGACCCGAUUUCAUCAUAGCUUCUACGUGUGUCAUAUUCGAGGACAUUAUUUGCGUCUAUCUUGUCGCCACCGUAGGGAGCGGGACUUGUGGAUCUCGAUGAUGCAAAAUGUAAUCGAAGGGAAUGUUGGCGAGUUUCACCAAACUUAUCAGCUAAAGGAAAUGUUAGGGAGAGGUCGAUUCAGUACCGUGUUCAGCGCAGAACACCGUCUCACGGACGAGAAGGUGGCAGUUAAGAUAAUGCGGCGUGCAGACCUGCAAAAGGCGAAACAGUAUCAAAGGAAGAAGUGUCUCGGUCGUCGUAAAAGUCUUUGCAAGAAUCAGUCGUCCGAAUGUGGUGAGGCCGAUCUCCGUCAGUUUCAAAGGACAGAAAUUAGCGUCCUGCGUUUAUUAAAUCACCCUAACGUAGUUAGAUUAGUAGAAGUAUAUCAGAAUCAAGAGUACAUAUAUAUCGUAAUGGAAUGGUCGCAAUCGGGCGACCUGAAAACGUUACUGGACGCGCUCUUGACAGUAAAUAGGUGUCUAAUCUCUCGCCGACGAGAAGCCAUGGAAUCCACCACGACGUCGUCUGCGCACAAUCCGUCCCCAUCCCCACACGCGACUGCGAGGUCGAUUGAUUUAACCAAUGUCGACCUAAUCUGGAUCCCCGAAAAAAUCGUGCGCGAACUCGUCCGAAGGAUCCUCAGGGGACUUAGCUACUUACACAACAGGCUACGGAAUGUCGUUCACCGAGAUAUCAAACCCGAAAACAUAUUACUGGAUAUCCAGAUCGACGAACUGAUUCAUGAGAUUACUAAGCAAGUCGAUAGCAGAAGGAAACAUCUGCAGAAAAUGGCAAGCAGUCGAUCACCCAGCUCAGCGCCAAGGUCAGCAUCGCGGUCGAUGGCCUCCAGUCGAGCUUCCGCCAGUCGCGCACCUGCAAGUCGCACGCAAAACAGUUUAUCUCGUACCCCGACAGUCAGCGACGUCCCGGACAGUCGAUCUGACAGAUCGGUUUCGGAUCACGGGCUCAACCCGAUAAGUCGACAGGUCGGCAAACAUUUGGAUAACAAACACUUGGACAGCAAACGGAACAAUUUGCUUUGCACACCUACAAUGCCCGGUUGUCGUCGGAAGCACCACCCAGAGCCUUGUGGUCGUGACGUAACUCCGGGCGUUGGUGACGAUGCAGCUCCCAGCGGCGAUCAGGAGUGCUUCCGACCGGGCGGUUUCGUCUCAACGCCGGUCGCAGGUUCUCAGACGGGAAACUCUCUGGCCCUAGGGGGACACUCUCUAGAUUUCGGCUCUCCGACCGGCAGCUCUCGUCCUGCAGCCUCCCUCGUUGAAGACUCCCCCGCUGGGGGAGACUCUCCCCAAGGUGACUCUCCCCAUGAGGAGGGAGACUCCGACUUGAGUCUCGAGUCGCAAGCAAGUGUUCCGAUGUCCCUCUCCAUCCACCUAGCUGAUUCCUCUCCUCCUACCGACUCAGCCACACCCUCUGACGCCUCAUCCGUAGACACCGUAGACUUCUAUCCCAGUGCGUCUCCGCAUGGCUGCCCUCAAUUCAACUCCAAACUGUUGGGAAGCUUACCCGCGGACGAGGCCUUUGAAUACGUCGUCAAACGUAACGAAGACGCCAACGUCUGGCUCUUCCUGAACGUCCUCAUUUGGAUGUAUAAAGACAAAUGCAAACCCGACUUCCUCAAACUGCUGUGUGAGGCACACACGUUUGUUUCGCCGUGGAUUCCGCAGGCCAUGGAGUACAUGGCAGAGUGGGAGGCGGCAGAGUUGUUAGUGAAGCACGUGCACCCGAAAAUAGCGGAUUUCGGCUUGAGCAAGAUCUUAGCACCAGAUGGCGUGCCCCGUCCGACCACGGCUAACUCCUGCCACCUGAGUCCCGUCGCGUGCGAGCCUAUGGGCACCGAGGCGUACGCCGCGCCCGAGGUAAAACAUGGCGUCGGUUACCGUACCUCCGCCGACAUCUGGUCGCUCGGUGUCGUCACCUUUCAACUACUCAGCGGCGGCUACUUCCCGAGUGAUAGUGACACGCCUCGCGCAGCGGGGAAAGAAGGCUUCCGUCCCUUUGAAGACUGCACACCCGACGGCGGUGAAACUCAGGUACACUUCGUCCCCGCCGGACUCUGGACAAACAUCUCGCCACAAGCCAAAGUACCACCCCCCCCUGAGGG